GCAAGUGUCUGCGCUCUUAGGUGACGCCGAGAGUAAUGCGUUUGGAUGGUUGGUCAAUAACGCAUGGGACAGGUUGAGAUCGGCAGCGAAUAUGCCUUCUGCUACACGUGCAACGAGUAAGCCUCCUACUACUAGAGCAGCGAGGAAGCCUACUACCUCUAGAGCAGCGAGGAAGCCUACUACUUCUACUACUAGUGACGGGGGCUGUCAGUGUUCCUGUCCAGCUGAUGAUAAGGUUUGGCUCUUUGCUAGUGGAGAAGGCCCUAACUUUGCUGAAUAUGUAGAGGGUUCUGUUCUCAAGGGAUUCAAUGUCGAUAUUGUGGAAAAAGUCUGUGCCAUAGCUGGGAAGAAAUGCAAGGUUGUCUUGACGGAGUACUCCGAGUGUGUGUCCAACCAAGAAGUUAUAACUUUUUGGUCAGGCCCAGCAGGACACGACCGAGCAGGACGGGGUCUGAGUGCAGGCUGGUUUGACGCGUGUAUUUCAUGGGGUCUAACAACCUAUCGGAAGAACAUUUUAGAUUUUACCAAGCCGUUCUAUCCCUCGCUCCUGGGUCUCUUUGUGCAUCCAGAUAGUCCAGAUAUCAACAUCCUUCAUGAAAAUCUGAUAGUGUUUGUAAAAGGGUGGUAUGCGAGUCCUGAUUGUCUUAGAAGUCAGGGACAGACUAGAUUCGGCACCAUGUGGGCUAGAGAUGCAGCCGAGGCUCGGGCUAUGGUCUUGAACAGAACGGCUGACGGAUUUUACUAUAGCUAUAACCCCUACGACGUCUUUACUAAGGGUUUGAAGAAACUCAGCGUUGCAUCAGACGCCACUCGUUGUGCCAAUGGAACAGGAAUCUUAGUCAAAAAAGACUCUCCUCUUCCCAUAUGGUGGAACAAAGCGUUUGAAAGCUUCCAGGCAUCAGGGGGAUACCGCGCCCUGUGCGCCAAACAUCAGGUGGAGGGACGCCAGAUGUAUGAGAAUUACACUGGCAAAACUCCCCACAUAGAUGUUUGCUUCACGUAGACAGAAGGCUGGACAGCAAUUCCGGGAAAACCGAACACUUACCGUUAUAUAAACAAAUAUGGAUCACACAUAGAACACUUCCGGUGAAGAUACAAAACUUACCAUAAAUCCAGACAAUUCAAUUACUUACAUUUGUUCUUCUGACUGUGUACAUUUGUUUCAUAGAAAUAGACAAUUGAAGUUGUGGGAUUAAAUACGCUUGUUUCUUAGAGGGGUAAAUAUAUGUAAACCCAUAAUGGAAAAAACUGACAGAGUAUAAAUUAAACUCGCUUGCUACAGAGAGGGAUGAAUAUGCAUAAAUCCAUAACGCU